AUGGCAGGCUUUGGGCGCUCGAAUUCGUUGAGUAUCAAUACUGGUGGCGGUCUUUUUGGAAACAAUGCGAACCAAGGACAACAGGCAAGCCAGCCCCAGAGCAGUGGAGGGCUCUUUGGGGCUGCACAGCAACCACAACAAGCACAGUCAGGAUCGCUCUUCGGCGGCCAACCCCAGACUUCCCAACCUUCAGGCGGCGGUCUCUUUGGCAACCUGAACAAGCCUGCGACGACAGCGCCUGCGAGCGGAGGACUUUUUGGCUCAUCUACCGCACAGUCCGCACAACCGCAAAGCGGAGGCCUGUUUGGCGGCGCAUCUGGCGCGAACACCCAAAAUCAGACCCAGAACCCAUCCCAAGCCGGUGGACUCUUCGGAGGCGCCCAGUCGAAGCCAUCGCUAUUCGCUUCUUCAACACAGCAGACAACAACACCCUCUUUAUUCGGAAACAACACCUCCACUCAGCAAAACCAAACAUCCGCCCCUUCACUCUUCGGCUCGACCCAACAGCAAGCUCAGCCACAACAGCAGAACAGUUUGUUUGGCGGCACCAACACACAAAACAGGUCGAAUACACUCGGUGGCUCUACAUUAGGAGGAACCCAAAUGGGCUCAAGCACACAGCCAGUUCAGAUGACUCUGGACUCAAUACGAGGCACUACGCGCUUCAACGACCUGCACCCCGAACUGCAGACCCUCAUUCAGCAGUUCGAUGAGGGCAUUCAGCGCAAGGUCAACUACUGCAACCAGAUCCGUGAGGCUCUUCCUGGCAGUGAGGGUGACAUCGCCACCAUUGCGCCCGACGUAGCAUACAUCGAGACCAUCCUGUCUACCGUCGAAGUCGGCCUCGACAACGAUUCCGCCAACAUUGCACACCUCAAAAGUCUUGUCAAGAAGGACGCCGAUGACGCGACUCUCAGCUUCCGUGCCAUUGAGAACCAGCGACUACCGGCACAAUUUCAUUACCGCAAUAAUGCGAACCUCACAGCGUCGAGCGCAAAAGCCCCUGCAGCUAGCGCUUUGGACGAAGACGAUCCGACCAAGCCUGUCGACCUGAUGGGCUACUUCAAUCGCCGCACCGACGAGCUCGGCAGUACUCUGGACGUAUACCAGCGCCAGAUCCGCGAGAUUGAAGCACACCUACGAACAAUGGAGGCUGGCACCAUGGAAAAGGCUCAGCAACUGACUGGCAGCCGCAGUGCGCCCCGCGAUCAGCGCCGUGAGCUGGUCGAGGCUCUCAAGGCCAUUGAGGGUGCUAUUCUCGACUCGGCCAAGAAGGUGGGAAAGGUACGGGAUGACGUGACGAAACAGACGUUAGGAAACGUCGGCGCCGCCCUGCUCUGA